AUGAAAUGUCUUCUACUCUACAGUUUUAAUAUAACUCAAUUAUACUCAGAGCAGAAAACAGUUACAGGAAAAACAAGCCUAGUAGUAAGUAGUGGUCUACUAUACUUAUGCUAUUAUACAUUCUCAUGCCCUGAUUGUCAUUUUGCCACCUACUCAGCACAUGGAAAACAGAAGGUUCCUCCCCAGGAAAGGCCAAUUGCAGUGACUAUGUCCAAUCUAGGCAUCCAUGAAGAGCCACAUUUCAUAAUCAAGCAGGACUCCUGCCUUGAGACUAAACCAUUCUCUGAAGAUUUACAGAUAUCCUACUAA